AUGGCUAAUCAAUUUAUUGAAUAUACAUCAUAAGAAUUUUUGCAAUUGCAUUCUUAUCUCUUAAAUACAAAUAAUAAUACAUUAGAAUUAGAGAAAACAGUAAUAUAUUAUUAAAUAUUUCAGUUCAAAGAAAUAGAAAGAGCAUGUACUAUAUUUUCAGCAUCUUUAAAAAAAAUUGCAGAUAAACUCCAUGAAUUUGUAAUUAAAGGCACUGGUGAUGAUGAUAAUAUUGAAUGUGUUUACUAAUAUUUGAGUAACUUUUUACUUUAAAAUUCUCAAUAGUGGUAAUAAACAAGUGAAAAUUUGAAAAGCGAAGUUUAUUUAUUUUAUAAUUAAUGACUUAGGUUCUUGAACCAUAUCAACUAAUCAUGAGCAAUUAUAGAAAUAUAAACUUAAAAUUAUCUUCAGAAAUGAAAGAAUAUGUUGCAAAUAUAUAAUCAUUAAAUAAGCAAAUCUCAGAUUAAUAAGAAGAAUAUAUACGAUUAAUGCAAAAUGCAGAUAAAUGUUAAUUAGUUAUGGAAAGAACAGUUGGAGAGAUAGCAAAAGGAAAUAAAGGUAAAGAAGAAUUAGUAAAAGCAUCAGAAAAAUAAAUCAAAUUAAAAGAAAUUGCAGUAGAAGCAUAAGAAGAUUAUAAAAAAAUUAUAGAGAAAGGAAAUAAGAAACUCACAGAUUUUGAUUUAAAAAUAAAAGAUUGGUAUUAAUAAAUAUAUUUAAAUGAUGAAAACAGGUAAAUAUAUUAUAAUUAAAAUUAGAAUCAAGUUUUCUAAAUAGAUAAUGUUGUCAUUAAUGAAAAAGUUAACAAAUGAAACUGUAUAUUCUAUAUACUAAGAUAAAUUAAAUUAAUUAGAAUUACGAGUCACAUAAAAAUAACCUUAAGAUUUACAAAAUUAAAUUUAAAGAUUGCUAAAAAAAAGUGGAAGUAAUUUUUAUACUUAUUGUAAGCUGAUACAGUUUAAUUUUCAUUAUUUGAUUAAAUUAAUUAUGAUUAAAUUAAAAGAGGAGAAUAGAAAAAAUCAUUGCAAUUUAUAGGAAGUGAAUGGACUUUGAUUGGAGAAUAAUUGAAUGAAGAAUAAGCUACAAAAAUUAUUUAAUUUAUUAAUGAUCUUAUGGAAAAUCAAGAAACAUCAGAUGACAGUGCCAAUAAUUCAAGAAAUAGAUCAUAUUCUACUUCUUCAACAAAAUCUAAUUAAUUUUUAUCACAUGAGUAUUUAGGAGUUAAAUAAUUAAUGACAAAAUAAUCAGGAAGAUCAUUCUUAAUUAAUUUAUUAUAAAAAGAAAUUGAAAAGAGAAAAAUCAAAUAAUUAAAUCUAUAAGAAGAUUCUUUUAAUGAAGUUAGUUCAAUUUUUAAACAUGUAUUCUUAAUAUUAGAUGCUGAUUUUGAUGUAGAAGAAUUCUAUAUCUUUUUAUAAUUAUCAUAUAAAAUUGUAAAAGGAGAAAACUCUCAUUUGAUUUCUAGUUUUUCUAAAUUAGAUAUUUGGUAAAAUAAAUAGAAAUGGAGAUCCUUAUAUGAACAUAUUAAAUCAACUAAAUUUUAGUAAAAACAAGUUCUAGAUUAAUAAUUUAAUUUAGUUAAAAAAGGAUAUGGAUUAAUUAGUAAAGGAUUAAAAAAAAUAACUGGAGCUGUAUAAGUAUAAUAAUAUUCAGAAAAAGAAAAAUAUUAAUAAUAAAAAUAUAUUGUUUUAUAUGAGAUUGCCACAUUCCUUAGUGAAUUGAAUGUCUCUCCUUAAUUAGGAACAGAUGUAAUUUUAGAGCUUGCAUUUCAUUCUGAUAUUAAAUUAGAAAAAGUAUAAUUAGAAAAAUUAUUAUAAAUUAUGGAAGAAAAAAAUGCAAUUACAUUUAAUUAAAAAUAUACUUCAGGAUUGGGUAUGAAAUAAAGAAAAGAAGAUAAGUAUAGAAGAUUUGGUUUAAAUAACCCUUAAACAAAAUUAAUUUAUGCUAUCAGAUUAUCAAUUAAAUAUUUGUCAUAUAAAGAUAGACCCUAAUAAUUAUUAUUAGUAUCAAAAGCCUUUAAAUUCCAUUUAAGAUUUGCUAUUGAAAAAUAUUACAUUAUUCACAAUAGUUUACCAUAAAUGGAACAAAAUCAAUAUUAUAGAGCAUAAAAUUUAAAAGUCUAUUUAAGAACUGCUUAAAAUAAUAUGGAUUAUGCAUUAAAAAAAUCAGAAGCAUAAUAAGAGAUAUAAUAAUACGAAGAAAUUAUCACUAUGGAUGUUUAAAGGUCUUUACAAUUACAUUUUGAAAAGGUUCCUUCAAGUAAAUUAUAAUCAUUCCUCAGAACAUAUGCAUUUCAUAAUAAAGAAGUUGGAUAUUGUUAAGGAAUGAAUUAUAUUGUAGGAUAUCUAUAUUUAACAUUUGAAGAUGAAGAAGUCACAUAUAUAGUAUUCGAUUAUAUAAUGAAUAAUUAUUUUUCAUAAUAUUUUGAGAAUGAAUUUGAAAUGCUGGUAUUUAUUAGAUAAAUUAUUUUUAUUAGAAAAAAGUAUUCUAUUAAUAUGAGAGAUUAUUAUUCUUAUUUUUACCUAAUUUAUAUCAUCAUUUUAAAAAAGUAAAUAUGAUUAAUUUAUGAAAGUAAAAAGUUGAUGCAUCUUAUUAUUUAACUGCUUGGGUUAUUACUGUUUUCAGUCAAGUAUAUUAAUUUACAUUACAAUCAGCAUUAUUAAAUAUUAUAUGGGAUAUAUUCAUUAUUUAAUAAUGGAAAGGUAAUAAUAGAAUAUAAUAUUUUAAGGAUUUUAUAAAUGUGUUUUAUUUUUAUUGUAUUUUUACUAAAAAGAAUUAUUAUAAUUAGAAUUUGAUUAAAUACUUCAUUUUUUGAGUGAAAUAAUAAAAAAUGAAUUAUUUAGUCUUAAAACAGAAUAAUAAGUUUAAGAAUAUAUUUGUACUAAGUUAAAAAUUCCAUAAAAAGCACUAAAAGAAAUUAUUACUAAUUAAUUUAAUGUUACAAAUAGUUUAUUAUAAUAAUUGGAAUAAGAAUUUAAUUGCUUUUCAACAAAUUUGGAUUCAUAAUUAAAAUAAUUUAAAUAUAAAUGA